ACUGUCUACACCGGCUCCAUCACCCACUACACCGUCGGUCUCGGUGCCUGCGGCUGGACCAACUCUGACAACGACCCCGUCGUCGCUCUCUCCGCUGGCAACAUGGGUGCUCAGAGCAACGGCAACGAGUGGUGCGGCAAGAACAUCACCAUCUCGUACGCCGGCAACGAGGUCCAGGCCUACAUUGUCGACAAGUGCCCUGGCUGCAAGCCUUGGUCCCUUGACCUGUCUCCUUCCCUCUUCCAGAGCCUUGCUCCUCAGGUUGAUGGUACCACCGACGGUGUCAAGUGGUGGGUCAACUAA